UGCGCGAGCGCUCGGCCUCUGACGGUCCAAUGUUCUCAUGUUGCAUCAACCACUAUCUUUUUCCUCCCUCUCUCUUGCUUUCUCUUUCCAUCUCCAGCCUCGGGUGGGCUUAGAUCCUUUGCAAGAUCUGCUUGCUCGCUUCCACCGGAAAAUAUUCCACGGCCACCACCACCACCGGCGCAAGGCAACAAGAAUAUACUGCCCUGCACCGCACCCCACACACACAAACGUCGCGGUCUCUCGUCUCCCUAAAGCUGCAAAGCCUUGGCUGUUAUGUUCCCCGGUCAUACUGAAACAUUAGAGGAGCUAGGUUAGCCGAUCGAUGAGCUCUCUGCCCACGGCUUCCUUCUCUUCUCUGAUCCGAUCGAUGCAAUGCCACCGUAGCGGUCAAUUAGACCAGCCUUUGGUUUCAGUACCUUGUCUCUCCCCUUUGCUCCUUUUUCUUUUUCUGAGCUUGCUUGCAGUGCCUUUCAUGCUCUUGUCACAUACUUGCACAAGCCUCCUAGCUUUUCCUUUUGAGCUGAGACCUGACUACCUGAGAGAGAUACCACUAGCCCUUGCCGUAUAAAACGUGGCCGGCGCGCGUAGGCUGCCCUGGUGAUACGACGCGCGCACACUAUAUUGGGCUCGGAGCAGGCGUCCGGCGGCGGACGAUGAGGAGGAAGGGGAGCGAGUGCAGCAGCACAAGGAUCAGCCCAGCUGAGAUCGGCAGCGCCACGCCCAUGAUCUCCCUGGCGUCCAGAUCCGGCCGGCGGGCGGCGCCGGACCGGGAGCGGCCCCGGCAAGCGCGAGGCGCGUGCGGCACUCGCCUGCUGCGGAGCGCACGGUGGACGGCCGCGCGGUUCUACCGGCGGGCGAGGGUGAGCAUCGUCAGGGCGUUCCGGUCGGCGUCGACGACGACCAGGAAAACAGCUGCUGCUGCUGCUAGUGCUGCGUCCCCGGACUGCACGCCGGCGAGGCAUAGCAGCAGGCGGCAGCAGCCCGCGGCGGCGCCACCGGUGGUCGUCGACGACUCGCAUAAGAGCGAAGCGGUGGAGGAGUGCAUCAGGUUCAUGAACUCGUCGUCGAGGAAGUACCGGUAGACCAUCAGUGUCGGGGGAUUUUGUGUGCGCGGAUGCUAAGCGUCUUUCUUGUAUUUGUUCUCUUUUUGUUGGGCUUUCAUCUAUGUGCGCAUCUGCUCAAACCUUGUACUUGACAAACAUACCGGUUGCUCCUUUGACAGAUCUUUGUGUGUCCUGAAAUCUUACGCUAGUGCUUUCGAAAUCUGGAAAUGAUCAUGUGUAUAUUUUUCCUGGUUUGCUGA